AUGGCAAAUUCGUUGAAGAACUGGGAGCUCCAGAACGCUGUCAAACUUAUCGAUCCUCAUCGCGAUGCUCUCUACGACUACGACGACAAAGCCGCGAAGGCCGUAAACGAAUCAAAGCCAUGGAAGUCAGACGCCAACUACUUCAAGAAUAUCCGCAUCUCAGCAGUUGCAUUAUUGAAGAUGGUCAUGCAUGCUCGAUCAGGAGGCAGUAUUGAGGUCAUGGGCUUGAUGCUAGGCUAUAUCGCAGGUGACACAUUCAUCGUAACGGACUCAUUUCGACUACCAGUUGAGGGCACUGAAACGCGGGUGAAUGCGCAGGAGGACGCCAACGAAUAUAUCGUUAACUACCCCGAAGCUGCGCGCCAAGCAGGCCAGCUGGAGAAUGCUGUUGGGUGGUACCAUUCUCAUCCUGGUUACGGCUGCUGGCUGUCUGGCAUCGACGUUGGAACACAACACACCUGGCAGAUGUUCCAAGAUCCAUUCUGCGCUGUAGUCAUUGAUCCAGAUCGUACUAUAUCCGCCGGCAAAGUUGAGAUCGGUGCUUUUCGAACCUACCCUGAGAACUAUAAGCCGGCGAAGAUGGGCGGUGGCGACGGAUUUCAGACGAUACCAUUGGACAAGAUGCAGGACUUUGGCGCUCACAGUGAGCGAUACUACCCGUUAGAGGUGACCCACUUCAAGUCGCAGCUGGACGCAAAGAUCCUAGAGGCGUUAUGGAACAAGUACUGGGUUGGUACCUUGUCGCAGUCUCCACUCUUUACAAAUCGUGACUACGGUACUUCACAGAUGCAGGACCUGGCGCGGAAAAUUAUGCAGGUUGAACAAGGAGUGAAAAACCACUCCUACGGACCUCAGGUGCGGCCAAGUACGACAACAUCAAAAGACAAGGAACUCGAAAAGCUAGUUAGAGCAGGGCACAAGCUGGCUACAGAAGAGAAAAUCGGCCUUCUGGCGGCCGAGCUGAAAGAUCGCGUUUUCAAUGUCCAGCCAGAACUUACGCAGGUCCCGGACCUUGAUAUGAACGGAUAG